GCACAUACCUUGUUCGUGUACCGCGACGAGCCACAUCUCCUGAAUCACUACAGGAAUGGGUUCAGAAAGACUGUCAGGGACUCACGCCACUGACAUGGAGGUCCUCAUGAGGCGAGGAAUGACCAAAGGAUAUGAAGUAUUUUCUUUACUCACCCCACCAGCAUACGCUGCUUUUGUGCUCUUGCGCAAAGGUAAAGGUCACUUUACUGUCAAUCGAUUCCUUCGCGCGACGUGGGUAGGUGGUGCAGUAGGAUGCGCAGGAGGAGGCGCACUCGAGUAUAUUCGCUCGUCCAGGGCCAGUGAAGCCACUGUGAGGAACCGGCGCCUGCAACACGCCUACGACACUGCUUCAUUACGUGCCAACGACCACUCUACUAUUGGCGCGAUAUUGUUUGCGGUGCUAACGCCUGCAAUCUUCUGGAAGAGAGCGAGCACAGUGAACUUGGUGAUUGGUGGCGCUGGGAUUGGCUCUGCUAUUGGGCUCCUAACACAUUAUGGACGAACAGUAACAGGGGAUAUAACACCAGAUGCACAAAUCCCCGACAUUCCCGCUACAUCAUCAUAAAACAUCAGCCCUUCCAUCGGGAAAUCGACGGUCUGGUCUAACAGGCAGCCAGAAACGCCCGCCAGUGAUAAAAUCUAGUAUAGUCCUUGAGAUUCCAAAACA